CUUCCACUAGAGACCGAUCAGGACACCGAAGUCGCGCUGAACGAGGACGAGAAGAUUGAUACUGCUGAUAAGAUUGAAAUCGGUGAAAGAGGCUAUUAUCAUGGUAUUAGCGAGGGAAUAUAUCUCAUUGAAAACUUCAAAACAAAGCGCCUCUUGUUCCAGGACGGCCCUAGAAUAAAAGGGUAUCGUGGAGCAGAAAAGGGGUGGAAGGCUAAUACAGGCUUCAAAGCACCAGCUGUUGUCGGCGCUGAUGCAAAUUACUACAAUCGAGCUUACUGGAAGAUCAUUCCUCAAGGUGGUGGCAAAUACCUGAUUGAAAACGUCGAGACGAAAAGGUACUUGUUUCAAGAUGGUCCUGCCAUAAAAGGGCCUCGUGGAGCAGAAGCUGGGUGGGCGGCUAAUACAGGCUUCAAAGCACCUGCUGUUGUCGGAGCUGAUGCCAACUACUACAAUCGAGCCUUCUGGGUGAUUACUCCACUAGGUAGUGGCAGGUACUUCAUUGAAAACGUCCAUACGAAGAGGUUCGUGUUUCAAACUGGUCAACCGAUUAAAGGGAAGCGUGGAGCAGAAGGGGGAUGGAAGAAUGCUUAUGGCCUUACUUCACCUGCUGUUGUCGGUGCUGAUGCCAACUACCACAACCGAGCCUAUUGGAUACUACACAAAGUGCAUUAGACUGAUAAAAAAAUGUGCCAAGAACGUUAGGGGUAUCAGCUAAAUGGAACUAUCGGUAGCUUUUCCUGGGUUGUAGUGCAAGUUUGUCAAGCUUUUGACUGUACUAUGAAAAAUAAAGGCACAAAUUAAAAGAGAUGAUCUAGUUUGCAUGGAUCUAUAAUCGAAGACA